UCUCUCUCUCUCGUGAAUUCCUUGCAUAGCGCUGUGUGUGGAAAAGAAUGAAAAGGAAGGAGGAAAGGAGCGGUGACAGCUAAACAGUAUAAAUAGGAGUUGUUUUGUUUGUUUGUUUUUUUGUGAUUAGCUGAUUAACAACCUUUAAAGGGAUUGAAGCGACUCGUAGUCCGUUGUAAUUUAAGUUGCACCAAACAGUUAUAGGAACGCCUAAACUUUUUGACGGAUAUAGUUAGGUCGCUAUAUAAGCCUACUUCAUAUUUUGGAGUUCCCAGUUUGAAUUUGUGCUAUUCUUGCAUAUCCGCCCGCUACAUUUGAUGACGUUUACGAAUCGAAACCGUAGGUUCCUUAAAACAAGAUCUUGGAUUAUUAUUUUUUUUUCUCUAACCUCUACACGAAGCCUAUUUUCCACCAAUUAAGUUGUAUAAGCGCUGUUGAAGUUGAGCAGAAGGAUAAAUAGGCUACAUCUAUAACAGAAUGCUGGAGUGAGGGCACUCGAGAUGGCAUCGGCGAUUUUUGAGGGCACAUCCCUGGUCAACAUGUUCGUGAAAGAUUGUUGGGUUAACGGGAUUCGGAGGCUCAUCAUCAGAGGAGCGGAGGAGGAAUUCUUUGAUAUAAGGACUGAAUGGUCGGACAGAAACAUUAUUUACCUGCACAGAAGCUCUUCUGAUUUAGGCAGACUUUUACAAAGACUCAUGGAGUGUUUCCCCGAAGACAGGCGAGUUUUGUCAAAGUGUCCUCUGCUAGAAGGGCUUGUGAAGAUUAAAGAAGCGAGGGAUAUUGAGACAAAGCUAAAUGAAGUGGAGCGAUUGUUGAAGGCCACUAUAUACAUGCCUUGGAAGUUUUCUAGGUCAGAGGUUGUCUUAACAUUCUUUGAACGCUCACCGCUAGACCAGGUUCUGAGGAAUGACAACAUCCACAAGAUUCAGCCAUGCUUUCAAAAUCCAGUUAAGAUUUCAGAGAUCAUGAGGUCUAAUGGAUUUUGCCUGGCGAACACAGAAACUAUUGUGUUUGAUGAGAGUGUUCCACUGGACAAAGAGAGACCAUCCUCCACUGACUCAGCCCAGCACUCGUAUGAUGAGGAUGGGAGAGAAUCUUUGGAUCAUGUGGAUCAAGACCUGAGCGAUGAUGAUCCUGAGGCUUAUGUCACUAACCUGUCAUACUACCAUCUGGUUCCUUUUGAAACUGACUUAUUGGAGUGAUGCUCACAGUUUAAAGGUGGUCAUUUACAGCUGAUCUCUGAACUCCACCUGACAGAGAUAUCCUGUGUGUAACUUCUGCUAGAUGAUGGGAUGUGCUACAAUUUAUACUCACUUUCAAUUAUUCAUUUUCUUGUUGGCUUAGUCCCUUUAUUAAUCCGGAGUCGCCAAAGCGGAAUGAACCGCCGACUUAUCCAGCAAGUUUUUUUUUUUUUACGCAGCGGAUGCCCUUCCAGCCGCAACCCAUCUCUGGGGAACAUCCACACACACAUUCACACACACAAUUUCACCCCCCACAAUUUCAUCCACAACAUCCACACACACAUUCACCCUACCCAAUUCACCUGUACCGCAUGCCUUUGGACUGUGGAGGAAACCCACGUGAAGGCAGGGAGAACAUGCAAACUCACACAGAAGCGCCAACUGAGCCGAGGUUCGAACCAGCGACCCUUCUUGCUGUGAGGCGACAGCACUACCUACUGCGCCACUGCCUCGCCCUCAAUUUCAGCUAGAAUUACAAAUUUGAUGCCUGUUCAUUCUUUAGUUUAGCACGCUGGGGCCAUUAUUCACAUCAACUAGAACUUUUUUCUGUUUCCAUUGCACAUGAAAGGUGAGCAGCAUCAAUUUCUCACCAAAUUCCCACAGACCCAAUCAAAAGUACACAAGCAUGAAACCAUCAUGCAUAAAAUAGCUAAAUACAAGCAAACGGAAUGAUGGGAAACAUGAUUGGGGAAAAUAUUUCAAGCACAAUUUUUAUUUGAUUAUUUCUUACUCCUGUUGGAAUAAAAAUAAAUGAAUGAGAACCCAGUCCAGACGACUCAAACAAGCUGAAUUGAUUUAUUGAGACUUGUUGGUUAGUCUGCAGCCAUACAGUACAGCAUCUUCAAGAAGUCCAUGAGUCUGCAAGAGCCUGCAAGUGUCUCUUACAGGUCUGCAGUCUGCACAAUUUAUCACAAGUCUGAAAACAAGUCUACAAUGAGUCUUGUCUAUAAAAUGAUUUAGGAAGAUGGGCAGUGUUGUAGGUGGAGACAUAAAACUAAAAAAUAAAACUGGCAUGACUACUUUUAGUUGAAGAUCUUGUUUUAGGGUCUUGAAUAGACCCUGAGGUUUCACUUGAUCAGCUUGAAAGUAUCACCCACAGUCGUUGAGACCCUACCUUUAGCAUUUGCUUCACUUUGGCUCAGCUCAAGCUCAGGAAACAAGAGGUUUAUAAUGUUUUCACACCCUAGCGAGAGUUUUGAAUUAAAUUAGGUAAUUAAAAACCAAAGAAUAUAACUUUUUUGUUAUAUACAUAAAUGUCACAGUUAAUUUGACUAGAUUAUAUACAUUUAUAUUUCCACAUUCUGUUCAUUUAGAUGGAGAAAGCAGGAGUUAUGACCUGUACCACAAGCUGUUUAACAUGUUAACAGAGCGUUGUCAAGUCUGCUGUUGGGUUGGUUGUCUGUUUUGAGAGAGUCUCACUCAUUUUGCACAUGACUCCUAGUAUAUUCCUACAUAAAUAUACAGUUGAAGUCAGAAUUAUUUGCCCCCUGUUAAUUUUCCCCCCAAUUUCUGUUUAACUUAGAGAAGAUUUUUCUAAAAAUCAUAGGUUAAUAACUCAACUCUAAUAACUGAUUUAUUUCAUCUUUGCCAUUAUGACAGUAAAUAAUAUUUUACUAUGUAUAUUUUAAGACACUUCUAUAAAGCUUAAAGU